CAAACUCAGAACAAGCCAGGCUUGGAAAAGAACAUGGAGCCGUCCAGCGAGUCCACGAAGCUGGAGGGCAGCUCGGGGUUCGUCGAAUACACCGGCUCGAACAAGCUCAAGGACAAGAAGGUGCUGAUUACCGGCGGCGACUCGGGAAUCGGUCGAUCGGUGGCGGCGUUGAUGGCGCGCGAAGGCGCGGACAUCACGAUUGUGUAUCUCCCCGAGGAACAGGAAGAUGCGGAGCAUACCAAGGAACUGGUGGAGAAGGAAGGACGCAGUUGUCUCCUGAUCCCGGGCGAUUUGAGAAAGAAUGAGUUUUGCAAGAAGGCAGUGGAGGAACAUGUGAAUCGGUUCCAGCACAUCAACGUCCUCGUGAACAAUGCAUCGAAGCAGUACAUGUGCAAGGACCUGGCUGAGAUCGACCUCGAGAAAGUCGAGGACACCUUCCGCACCAACAUCCUCCAGAUGAUCGCCAUCACCAAAUACGCCCUUCCGCACAUGUCCAAAGGAGACGCGAUCAUCAACAACACGUCCGUCACCACCUUCCGCGGCUCCGGUUCGAUGGUCGAUUACGCCUCGACCAAGGGGGCGAUUGUGGGCUUCACACGAUCGCUCGCCUUGCAGCUGAUGCCGAAGGGCAUCCGCGUCAACGCGGUCGCGCCCGGCUCCGUGUACACCCCGAUCCAGGUCGAUACGCGAGAUGCCGAGUCGAUGGAGGAUUGGGCUUCCGGCAAACCGCUGGGCCGUCCGGGACAGCCGACGGAAGUGGCUACAAGUUUCGUGUUCUUGGCUAGCAAGGAUGCAUCCUUCUAUUCGGGGCAAGUUCUGCAUUGUUAUCCGCUGGGAGAGUAAGGGGUGUGUCAUGGUGAAUGGAUUGAUAUAUUCUGGUAACUGGACUGAAUCAAUGGUUACUGUAUAAAGCUCUAAUGUAAACAAAUAGUAGCAGCAGCAGCAG